AUGGCGGCGGCGGCGUGCGUCUCCGGCGGCUCCGGCAUCGAGGUGCCGCGGGUGUGCGGCGACGUGGACGUCUCCACGGUGGUGGACCGGCUUCCUGCGCGAUGGGAUCACCCUACUGGCGGCGGAUCUUCGGAUCGCCGGUGUCUCCUCCUGAAGGAGCUGCAAAACCAGUGGACGCCCGAUCCUGUGACGAGCAGGCUGCUGCAAGAUCUAUACGAGGCCCUCAACGACGGGAGGGCGCUCGUGGAGUCGUGCCAGGAGAGGAGGACUUGGUCUCUCGUCUUCAGAACGCAGAAGAAGGCCAAUAAGUUCGACGCCCUCGACCAGCGGAUCUCCAAAAUCCUGGAGAUGUUCCACAUCGCCAACAUGAUCCUCAUCGUCAAGACCAACAGGAACGGCGUCGGCGCUGUAGCAGCGAGUGCCUACGCGUCGUCGUCGUCAGCCGCCGACGUCAAGGAGAUGGUGAGCCUGGCUGUUUCCAUCGUGGAGGAGGCCAAGAAGCAGAGGCAGAACAGGGAGGAGAUCCAGCAGCUGGUGCAGUUUGUGGAGCAGGUAGCCAACCUGUUGCAGCAGCUUCAGUCCGCCAACCUGUGGUGGGACGCCAAGACGAAGCUUCUGCUGGAUGGUCUAAAAGACCUUCUCCAGCAGGCUCGCAACAUAUUGUCUCAUCACAAGCAGCCGCACAGGAGUAACACCAGGAUGCCGCAGGCCUUCUUCUGCCCCGGCGGCGGCUACUACUCGCAGGACGAACCUGAUCAGAUACUCCAGGUCGCGUACGGCAUCUGGUACUACGUCCAGGUCCUCCCCAUCAUUACCAUGCGUCACAUACAUAUAUGAACAACAACAAUCGAUCGAAAUGCGUGAGACAAAUACAUCGAGAUCAGGUUGCCUGCCACAGGGAUGAUACCAAUGCAAACGUUUAAUUAAUAUAAUAU